AUGAAGACGCGAUCCGGACUGUCGGUAUGGGCCCGGAAGGUUUCAAAGACGGCCCCGACCACAGGACACGAAGAAGACAAAAACAAGACAUCCACGAACGAUGCAGUACCUCAGCUUCCCGAUCCUCGGAUUUCCAUGACGACGGCGCAAGCAUUGGGCCAACCAAAACAAUCAGAGAGGACCUUCAGCCUUUUCCCAAAACUGCCACCGGAGCUUCGCAACGAGAUAUGGAAACUGAGUCUCCCAGGCCCUCGCAUCAUCAGAAUCACCCACGAUCCCAGAAAUAUGGCCACAGUCAAGAUACAAGAGAUCGGAGCAGGACCAAGUCCAUUCUGGAGGGCGAAAGCGAAUGCGGGCCCAGUCCCAGUUCUUCUUCACGUCAACAAAGAAGCGAGGUCAUUUGCCAGCAAGUACUACAGUCUGACCUUCGAGAAACAGACCCAAGGGCGUCCCGUUUAUUUCGAUGCGACCCGGGAUACCCUCCACUUGCCGAACGUUGAGGGAAUCCAUGACGGCGAAGGAUUUGGAACACAUGCUGGAUACUGA